UCUUCUGUAACCGGAAAAGACGCUUGCCAUAGACGCAGUAACGGUUUUUCUUGAAACGAGUUCCCCAAUUCUCAUUUAUAUAUUCCCUAAAUGCAGCAUGACGUAACAGCAGAGUCUAAUUUCCAUGGAUAAACACAAAUAAGCUGCGGGACACAGGAAGCUAAUUCUUCUCAAGAUGUUUUUAUCCAUGAGCUCCGUAAGAAGAUGAAGAGGCUUUUUAUCUUCCUUCUCAUCUGUCACAUUGCAUCUCUGGAACCACAUUCCCUGUGGUAUAUCCUCUCUGCCACCACAGGAAUCUCAGAUUUUCCAGAGUUUUUGGCAUCUGGAGUAGUUGAUGGCGUAGUAGUGGGGUAUUGUGACAACAGCUUAAAGGAUACGAUACCCAAAACACACUGGAUGAGUAAACUAUUUGAAGAGGAUCCUCAACAUGUGCAGUGGUUGAAUAACAAGUGCUUGUUAAACCGCUUGGACUUUAAAGCGACAAUUAUAACCUUGAAACAGCGCUUCAACCAGUCAGAGGGUGUCCACAUUUUUCAGAGGACAAAUGGAUGCUUUUGGGACGAUGAAACUGGAGAAUUUGAUGGCUUUAAUGAAUACGGUUAUGAUGGAGAAGACCUCAUAAGAUUCGACCUGAAAACCUUGACAUGGAUCAGUCCAAGACGUCAGACUGUCAUUAACAAACACAACUGGGACAGUGAUGGAAAUAAUCUGUAUUGGAAGCAUGCUUUGACUGAGGACUGCUUACAUUUUCUUAAGCUGUAUUUGAAUUAUGGGAAAAGUUCCUUACAGACAACAGUUCACCCCUCAGUGUCUCUCCUCCAGAAGAGUCCCUCCUCUGCAGUCACCUGCCAUGCUACAGGCUUCUACCCUGAAAGAGCCGCAGUGUUUUGGAGGAAAGAUGGACAGGAACUCCAUGAAGGCGUGGAGGAAGGAGAAAUCCUCCCUAACAAUGAUGGGACCUUCCAGAUGAGUGUUGAUCUCAACAUUUCUUCAGUCACAGCUGAAGACUGGAGGAGAUAUGACUGCAUUUUUUGGUUUGCCGGUCUUAAGGACAGCAUCAUCAUCAGGCUGGACAGAACCAUGAUCAGAACAAACCAAGGUUCUUUUUUUGGAAAAUACCUUGGUAUUGCCAUUGGAGUGGUUCUGCUGCUUUUAGCAGCACUGGCCUGCACUCUUGCUUUUGUUGCCUGGAGGAGGAACCACAAUGGGUUAUGACAUCUUGAAAAGCAACCAGGAGCUGAUAAUGUUGACUUGAAUAAGUGCAGUUGUGAUAGAAAUGGUGAUUGAACACCUGGACUCCAUGUAAACAGCAAUUUUAGUUGAAUAGUUCCAGUCUGAGAGUGAGACAAAGAUCAUCAUAAAAUAAAAGUGGCUGACAGAUUAAAAUUUCUAAUUACAUAACUACCUGAUGCCUUUGUUGUCUCUAGGGUUAAUUAUUGUGACAUUUUAUGUCAGUAUCAACCAGUCUUCCAUUUCCCAUUUAUAGACUGAACAAAACUUUGUCCAAGCUCUAAAUGGCUUAUUCAGAUUCAGAUGUAUUGAAGAUGUUACACAUCUGAAAGUAGGAGAGUAAUUCUCCAGAACUGGUUUUGUGCACCUCUACUGUACUGUAUCUCUUCUUUAUUUAGCAUUAAACUGAGAACAUAUCCACCGCCA